AUCAGCACAAGGUAUUGCAAGAAAAAAUGCACUUCUUCAGGGUACUAACAAGGAAAAAACCUUUUUCCUUUGCCGCAGCAGAAAGGCGGAAGAAAGAGGAGGAUUGUUAUUUAAAGAAUGGAGGUGCAGUGCUAGAGGAGCUUCUUGCUUUAUGCGAUGGAAAUUGCAGAAUUCCCAUCCGUUAUUUCACUGCCACUGAGAUCGAGAGGGCAAUAAAACACUCUAAAAGGAAAAUGGAGCUCUCCCAUGUGUCUAUGGUUACAGGCUCACUGGACAACCGCCCCGUUUUAGUUAGGUUCAGUAGAUGUCAAUUCACCAAUAUCCACCGAGAUAUAGCAAUUACUGCACAGAUGAGUCAUCUCAAGAAUGUGCUGAGACUUGUUGGUUGCUGUCUAGAAUUUGAACAACCAGUUAUGGUGUAUGAAUAUGUUGAGGCUAUAACUCUCAGCGAUCUACUUUUCAGAGAGUGUGAUCAUAAGACUAAAAGAUCAUUAUCUUGGGGAAAGAGAUUACGAAUUGCCAAUGAGGUCGCUUCUACAGUUGUUUUUCUCCAUACAGAAUUUACUACACCCAUCAUCCACAGAGAUAUAAAGCCUCACAAAGUGAUGAUAGAUCAGAACAGCGGCGUUGCCAAAAUAAUAGACUUUUCAUUGUCUAUAUCAUUACCUCCAGGGGAAUUGGAGGUACAAGAUGCUGUACUGUGCGGAACAUUUUG